AUGAUAUUGAUUCGAUUGUUAUUCGUUUCAAUUUUGUCAGUCAAUAGUCAACAAAUAUUUGAAUGCGAUUUUGAUUAUGGACAAUCAUGUAUUUUGGGCUUGGCAAGAUCUUCAUAUGUUCUAUUAAAUGAAACAAGUAAUGAACCACAACUACCAGCUUCUGAUGUUACUGCUAUUCAAACUUCAAAUCAUAUAGGAGAAUGUUUUUUUCCUUUUAAAUUAAAUUCAUUUGACAUGUUCUUUUGUCAAAAAGAAGAUCCUAAUUUACCAUCAACAUGUCCAACAUUCAAUGAAACUGGUCCAAGAAUCAAUUGUAGCGAAGGUGAAUAUGGAUAUGAAAAAUUUGAAGUAGGAGACACUGGAUAUCGUUCAUACACACUUGAUUUAUCCCUUGCUUUAUCAUAUGGUCAACAUUGCAUUAGAUUUUAUUAUUAUUUAUCAAAUAAUUAUUCGAAUGGAACUAUUCAUAUUAUUAUUCAAGAUAAUCAAACAAAUCAAAAUGAAACAAUUCUUACAGUUUCAUCUCGUUUUGAAAAUAGAUGGUAUGAAAUUAGACAUAAUUUUCAUCUGGAAAACGAAAAUCCAACAAUACAUUUUCUAUUUGAACGACAAUUAUCAACUGAUUCAAAUCCAUUCUAUGUAGCGAUUGAUGAGAUAACAAUAAUUGAUCUUCAAUGUGAACCUAUGCCUGUUACAACUUCAACUACAAGUCAAACUUUUACGUCAACAACGAUUCAAACAGAAAGCUCAACAAUAAUCACAACAAGUGAAAAUAUAUUUUCAACAAGUUCAACAAUAUUACCAUCUACAAGCCAAACAAGUUCAACAAAUGCAAUAGAUCGAACCAGUUCAACAACUAAUUUUCAUACUGAAAAUUCUACAUUAAUUUUAACUGAACGAUCAACAACAUUAUUAAGAAAUUCUACUAUUAUAACAACAUCAACUAAUUUUCUUUCAUCAACUAGAGAAAAUUCUUCAUCAAUUAAAACUCGAUCCAAUAUUUUAUUAACAAUCUUAUUUUUAAUAUUUUUUUAUAAGAAUAUUUUCAAUUAA